AUGCGAACGGAUGAGAAUUGCGGUGGUGAUGCAGAGCAGAGCAGCUUUGUGGAGAGGGGAAUAAGAGAGAGAGAGAGAGAGAGAGAGGGAGGGGAUGCUUGCUCGGCCGUCGUAUUCGAGCAGAAGGAAUUUGUUUUCUUCCCGAAUCUAGAUUCGUUCGAGAAUACUAUCGCUUCCCCGGAGGAAACUAUGGAGCGACGGGAUUGGUCCGGAUUCCGGAAGAAGCGGAGUGCCGGGUUACGUGGCGCGGUGCGGUUGGUUGGUGGGACGGUCGCACCAAGGGGCUGCUCUGAGCUCUGUGUAUCGGAUCGAGGCCGGGGGAUAUGA